AGCCGAGUGUCAGACUUAUACAUAAACAAGGUCAGACACUGCAGCACACAGUCGACAGACUUUAAAUCGAGCAACUUUAGGAGAGAACAGGACGAACCAAGUUGCUUCCUCUGGCGUCCGAGAAGGAAGGCAGCCAAGAUGUUGCAGUGUUUCCACUUUAUGGUGGAGCCCAUCAAAAGCAUGACAUUCAAAAUAAAGGCAUCGAACGUGAAACCCAAGAAAAAGAAGACGACUGACUACUUGGAUGAAGAGCAGCUAUUUGUCGUGAAACUGGCUCGAGACCUCGGUCGAGUGUGCCAGAAUUCAUCAGUCCUGGAGCACAUCUGGAACCAGGAUGAGAUCUGGCCAACCUCUCUCUGCUGGGUCUUCAUUCUUGAAUGGGCUUCCAUGUUAGAUAGAAAGAUGAGGCCCAUGCAGACUGAUGGCUGGCCAGAAACUGAUGGUGACAAAAAGUGUGAGCUGACUGAUGAGCAGGACGUGCAUAAGGCCAAGUUAGGCCUCCUCGAAUGGAUGAAAGACCUGCGAGCUCAGCCUGAGCAAAGCGUUUGGCCUGGGGAAACAGUGGCAAACAUACUGGAGGACUUGAGGUCAGCUUGGCGUUGGGGCCGUGUGCCAAACCUUCUGAGUGCCAUGGAGCUGGUUUUAUGGACUGUGAUGCUGCAGAGUUCAGAUAAGGAUACCAUAUCACAGCAGUGGUUGAUGUGGAAGCAGAAAGCAAAGAUUGGUGCUAUAGCUUAUAUUCCUCAGCCAGUAUGGGACUGGAUCACAAAUGCUGCAGUGGAAGUUACUCUGAACCAAGACACGGCCAAUCCUGAUCUUCUCAUCUCCUGUGAUGAUAAGAGGAUGCGUUGUGGCUUUGAGAGGAAAGAUAUUCCCAACUACCAUCACCGCUUUGAUGGCUGGUGGUGUGCUGUUGGAACGGUGGGCUUUGACUCUGGCCGCUACUAUUGGGAGGCGGAGGUGGGUGAGCGAGACUGGCGGCUGGGCGUGGUCAAAGAGUCUGCUCUUAGGAAAGGUUUCAAGUCCCUCAACACAGACACAGGUUACUUGACCCUGCGUCUGGAAAGGGGCACUGAGCUUAAAGCACUCACGGUGCCCUUCACUGCCCUGCCGCCAGGCCUCAUCGCUCGAAAAGUGGGUGUCUACCUCGACUAUGAUGGCGGCCAGCUGUCCUUCUAUGAUGUGGACAGACGUAUCCACAUAUACACAUACAAUGAGCGGUUCCAUGAGAAGCUCUUCCCACUGUUUGGUACAGUGGAGAUCACUAAGGAUCUGGUGAUCAGGACCCCUGAAGCCAAUACCCAAUGUCUCUGCGCCACAUCCUGCCUGUGGGGAUGAUUUCAUACCUUGCCAACUCUUCCUUCAACAUCUCCAGUAUAUAUUAUAUUAAGGAAUUCAAAAAGUUACAAGGUUAUGCGAAUUACUAAUUACUGGGAGGAAUCAAAGAUCCUGCUGUCAGAGACCAUUGCUGUGCUUUCAAAUACCGUAUUUUCGCGACCAUAAGGCGCACCGUAUUAAAAGGUGCAGUCUCAGUUACGGGGUCUAUUUCAGUAUUUAACACAUACAUAAGGCGCACCGUAUUAUUGGGUGCAGGCAUGGUAAAACAUAUGCUAGCUUAAAACAUACAGUAGCAUGCAUGCACGCUAAAACAUACACUAGCACGCAUGCUAGCGUAUGUUUUUAAAAAGGCAGCGUGAGCAAAACUGAGUUCGGUUGUACUUUAUUGAAGUAUUUAACAAUGUACUCAUGUUAUUUUUUGAUCAAUCCUCAUCCACAAAUCCACAAAAGUCCUCAUCUUCUGUAUCUGAAAUGAACAGCUGGGCAAGUUCUCCAUCAAACACGUCAGGUUCCCUCUCAUCAUUGUCGGAGUCAGUCUCGUUGUCGGGGGGCUGUUCAGCAGUGAUCCCGGCAUUUUCUUGCUUCCUCCACUUGCGAACCAUGGAUUCCUUGAUCUUGAAUUCUCUCGCGGCUGCUCGAUUCCCAUGUUCCUCCGCGUGACUGAUAUAGCUUGCAGUUUAAACUGUGCUUCGUAAGCGUGUCUCUUCGUAGAUGCCAUUUUCGGGGGUCCUUAGCCAAACCGAUGUUGUUUUGCGAAAUGCACACCCCGGCGCUAUAUACCUACUGGGGGCGUGGCUUUAGCGUCCUCUUUCACGCGCACCCUUCCCCCUUUAACGUCCGCAUGCUGUCCUCAGUCACGUCCGCCUUUCCUCUACAUAAGCAGCGUGUUGGCAGGAAAUGCUCCCAGUCAGUCAAGCGGAGCGCUCAUCAAAGUCACACAACAACAUUUACAGAUUUUGGAACUCGGUGCACACAUAAGGUGUGCCGCAUUAUAAGGCGCCCCGUCCAUUUUGAAGACAAUUUUAAACUUUCAAUUGCGCCUUAUGGUCAUGAAAAUACGGUAGCUUCAAGGUGUGAUCACUCUAUGCUGCUGUUACUUUCCUCUUUCCCACAAUAAAAUUACAAACUGUGCUCACAUGUGUGGUGUUUGGGAAGAGAACUGUAGAAUCUACAUCAUCAUGUACUGUAAUGUUAAUCGUACACCAAAUUAAAAAU